AUGAUAGUUGCAACAGGAAUUGGGGCAUUUCCCAGAUCAGUUUCUCUUCUUCCUCUUCCCCAUAACAAUUUCGGAUCCCCACAUUCAAUUUCAAACCCUAGAAACAGAAUCCGUUUUCCAGAAAGAAAAUCAAACAAUUUCAAUUUCAAUUUCUCCCUGUUCAUCCCUACCAACCCUCCUUUCUUCUCCAUCAAGGCCGCUGCUUCUUCUUCUUCAGAAUUUGCAUCAGAUUACGCUGAAGAGCCUGCUACGAAUGUCAAAUUUCCGACAUUGUUGAAUCUUCCUGGUUGCUCGAGCUCGCUUUCUUUGAUUGGAACAGGGUUUCGAGAAAAGGUUUUUGCGAUAAUCGGAGUUAAGGUGUACGCCGCAGGGCUAUACAUAAACCCUAAAAUCAUCGAUAAGUUAGACGCAUGGAAAGGACGAACAUCAGCUCAGAUCCAAGACGAUUCGUCUCUAUUCGACUUAAUCUAUCAAGCUCCAUUAGAGAAAUCGCUACAGAUCGUUCUUGUCAGAGACGUCGACGGAAAAACCUUCUGGGACGCCUUGAACGACGCCAUUUCACCACGAAUCAAAUCACCAAACGCCAUCGAUGAAACCGCUCUCUCCGAUUUCCGUGGUAUCUUUCAAAAUCGGCCAUUGAAGAAAGGAACCUUCAUCUUCUUAACAUGGCUCGAUUCCUCCAAAAUUCUGAUUCAUCUAUCAAAUGAAGGGAUUCCAUCGACUUCAGAAGCUACAAUCGAAUCAGAAAACGUGACACGAUCUCUUUUUGAUGUGUUCUUCGGACGUGACCCCGUUUCUCCUUCCUUAAAAGCUUCAAUUAGCAAUGGCUUAGCUUCGAUACUUAUAUAAACAUGAAAAAAAUUACAUCUUUAUGCUUUCCAAAAAAAGAGUUAUGAAUUUAUGAUUUAUGAACAUGUAAUUUGAUCGGUUUUAAUCUUUUCUAGCAUCUUUACAACUUCAGACA